AUGCAUGUGUUACAGAUUAUAGAUUCAUCCGGAAUUUCUCUGGUAUGGCACGAGCACUAUCAGUGCACGCGAGCACAAGUCGCAACCAACACACCUGGUUGUAAUUUAUUUCACGCUUAUCAACUAAUCUUUGGCUUGAUUUUUCGUCCAAAAAAGAAAAAGAAAACAACGUCCACCCUGAUAAAAUAUACAAUAUUCGUCUCGUUAUUCACGCUUUAGCUGUCGGUGUGCGUUUCCUUCGCUGAAAAAAGGGAUGCAGGAACUCGUGAAAGCGUAGCACUUGAAAUAAAAUGCGGAGAAGUCGAGGUGAAAAUAACCGUAAAGUCACAGUUUUUUAAGAAAACCCGUAUUCCGUUCAAACCUGAGAAUCUUCGACUCGGAACGAACCCGACCCAGCAGAGGUCCUGCGAAGCGAAGAGACCGGUGUCCGACUCUGUCAUGGUCAUCUCUCCAGGGCUGCAUGAAUGUGGCUCACAGAGUAAAGUUCAUGGUGAGUUUCUUGUGCAUUCCAACGUGCUGGUGCUGUUUCCUGCUGUGGUUCCCACCUCUCCAGGCAGCAUGAUAGUUAGAGGGGCAACUACUGUCAUACCUGCUGAGUGCCAUUAUAAGAGAAAGCAGACAGUGAAUGGAGAAGCUUUAACCCCAACCUGGCUACCUGGCUGCAAGGAAAAACCCUGGAAUAUUUAUGGCAUCUGGACUAAAAGAAAUGUUUGUUCUUGUGCUGAUGACUGUACCUCUCUGCGUAGUUCCUCAGUGUAUCAGCAGGGGGAAGCAGUGUUUUUGGAGGCCAGCGUGGAGGCUCCACUGCACCCUCCUCUCACUCUAUACGUGGACUACUGUGUUGCUAGUCUAAACCCUGACUCGCUCUCCUUGCCCAGCUACAAGUUUAUCACCAAGCAUGGAUGUCUUAUGGACAGUGCAUUGCCAGGAUCUUCAUCUAAAUUCCUCCCUAGGGAGCAAGAUAUUAGACUAUGCUUUAGUGUCCAAGCCUUCCACUUCAACCAGGAGUCCGGGGAACAGAUGUUUGUCUGCUGCCACAUUAGGGCCACUCUGAAUCACAAGUCACAAAGCCACCUACAUAAAGCCUGCGUCUUCCAUAGGCCCACAUUCAGCUGGCAUGCCACAGAGUGAGACGAUGCGCUGUGUGGAUGCUGUGACUCUGACUGCUUUAGACAGACAGAAGAGAAGAAUAGUGGCCACACUGGACACACAACUCAACCAGAUACAGUAAGGAAGCAUGAGGCGGACACAACAGUUGGGCCACUUCACACCCUGCCACCCUCUCAUUGGACAGGUCGUCUGUCAGUCCGUCACUAAAGAGCCUUUUUCCAACUUUACAAUUAGGUAGGUAAAGGGACUGUCAAGACCAAAAC